AUGUCGGCCCUGAGCGCUGCUCAGGCACCAGAGGCAGCCAGUCCUGCCCCCCUGGAGGACAAGCCAAAGGGGAAAUCCCUGUUCCCUUUGGGCUCCCUCUUUGCCAACAGGAGUGAGAGGUUUGUCCUGGCUCGGAGUGACAGUGUGCCAGAGGAGAACGUCCUCAAGAUAACCAUCACGGAGACGACCGUCAUCGAGUCCGACUUGGGCAUCUGGAACUCCCAUGCUCUCAUCUACCUCACCUUGUGGUUCUUCUUCAGCUUUUGCACUCUUUUUCUUAACAAAUACAUUCUGUCCUUGCUGGAGGGAGAGCCCAGCAUGCUAGGUGCUGUUCAAAUGCUUUCAACCACCUUCAUUGGCUGCAUAAAGAUGUUUGUCCCAUGCUGUUUGUACCAGCACAAAACUCGCAUCUCCUAUCCCCCCAACUUCAUCAUGAUCAUGCUCUUUGUUGGCUUAAUGAGGUUUGCAACAGUUGUCUUGGGCCUUGUGAGUCUGAAGAACGUGGCAGUUUCAUUUGCAGAAACUGUGAAAAGCUCUGCUCCUAUUUUUACUGUCAUCAUGUCCAGGAUGAUCCUAGGGGAAUACACUGGAUUGCUGGUUAACCUGUCCCUGAUCCCUGUCAUGGGUGGGCUGGCUCUGUGCACAGCCACAGAGAUCAGCUUCAACAUUCUGGGCUUCUCAGCAGCUUUGUCAACCAACAUCAUGGACUGUUUGCAAAAUGUCUUUUCCAAAAAACUUCUCAGUGGAGACAAAUACAGAUUUUCAGCCCCAGAGCUCCAGUUCUACACAAGUGCUGCUGCAGUGGUUAUGCUUAUCCCAGCCUGGAUAUUUUUCAUGGAUGUGCCUGUGAUUGGGAAAAGUGGGAAGAGCUUCAGCUACAACCAAGAUGUUGUCAUACUGCUCUUAAUAGAUGGAGUUUUGUUCCACCUGCAGAGUGUCACAGCCUAUGCCUUGAUGGGUAAAAUUUCUCCUGUGACUUUCAGUGUUGCCAGUACUGUGAAGCAUGCACUGUCCAUCUGGCUCAGCAUCAUUGUGUUUGGAAACAAAAUCACCAGCCUGUCAGCCAUCGGCACCGUCCUGGUCACCAUCGGCGUCCUGCUCUACAACAAGGCCAAGCAGCACCAGCAAGAGACUCUGCACAGCUUGGCCACUGCCCCCUCACAGCCCUCACAGGCUGCCACUGAGGACUCUGAGCCACUCAUUCCCAAGGAUUUGGAACCCUAUGACUAG